AUGCGCCUCUUAGAACGCUCACUCAACGGAGACUUCAAGCUAGUGUCUUUCAACGAUGAAAGCCUUCCCCCGUAUGCCAUCCUAUCCCACACCUGGAUCGAUGAUCAAGAGGUCACAUACAAGGAGCUAGUCGAAGGUGCCGGCCAGGAAAAGAGUGGCUACGACAAGAUCCGUUUUUGUGGUAAACAAGCAGCAGCGGAUGGCCUCCAAUACUUCUGGGUCGAUACCUGCUGCAUUGACAAGUCUGCUGGUGUUGAGCUCAGUACAGCCAUCAAUUCUAUGUUCCGUUGGUACCAGCGUGCAUCCAAGUGUUACGUAUACCUAACAGAUGUUGUGGUACCAGAGGAGGUUACUGACGCUAAGGCCUUUCCAAUAACCUGGGCGGAAGCUUUUCGACGCAGCCGAUGGUUUACUCGGGGCUGGACGUUGCAAGAGCUGCUAGCACCGCCAUGCGUUGAGUUCUUUUCCAAGAACGGAAAGCGGUUAGGUAGCAGGAUAUCCUUGGAACAGGAAAUUCAUAAGAUUACUAAGAUUGCUACUGAAGCUUUGAGGGGCAAAAGUCUUGCUGAGUUCAGCAUUGUGGAGCGGACAAGCUGGGCGAGCCAACGCACAACGACGUUGAAGGAAGAUAGAGUAUACUGUUUGCUAGGCAUCUUCGGGGUAUUCUUACCGCUUAUAUAUGGAGAAGGAGAGAAAUACGCGACUCUAAGACUACGAGAGGAGAUAGAGAGGCGACUGGCAAGCCAGGAAACGGGAAGGCCCCUUGAUCUUUUUGAAACGGGGUACUAG